AUGUCAAAUCAAGCUGGCUCGCUCGACUUUUCUAAGCCAUGGGAACUCAGUGAUGUUUUGUUGGUUGUGGAAGAAGAAAGAUUUCAUGUUCAUCGCUGUAUUCUGGGUAUGUGGUCCGAAGUAUUCUCAACGAUGUUUACCUCACAGUUCAAAGAGAAAACCGCUGAAGAAGUUCCUCUUCCGGGAAAGAAAGCAGCUCAAAUCAAGGAAAUGUUGCUGGUGAUUUACCCAACAUCUGCAAAACCGAUCGAUGGAAGCAACUAUGCCUUUUUGCUUGACCUUGCUAAAGAGUACAUGAUGACUAAGAUCACUGAGAAAUGUGAAAAAUACCUCAUUGGUCGUUUAGGCUCGGCCAUGAGUUUCCAAGGUCGUUGUAAAUGCGGAAAUAUGCGUUACUACGUGUCGAAGGGAGAUUGUUUAGAACUUUUAGUCAUCGCCGAAAACUAUGGACUGGAUAGGUUGGAAACGGCGUGCAUCGAGAGAGCAAAGCAGAUCAAAUUCGCGGAGCUGAAAAAUGAUAAGAACUUCGACAAAAUCUGUGCUUCUAACUAUCGGAAGAUAGUUGAGGGUAUGUUACUAUAA